AUGGAAAAACACUCCAUCUCGAAGCUUCUUGCUUCGGCAAGUCUUCUGGUUGGUUUGGCCUCUGCGGCACCUAGCUCCUCGCCGCUAUACAACUCUGUGAUCGAGACCAAGUAUGGCAAGGUUCAGAUUUACCCUGCUUUCACCAGUGAGCCCACUGGCAACUUGACCAAUUGGAAGGAUAUCACCGUCUGGAAGGGUAUUCCAUUUGCCGCCGAUACUGGAGGCGAGAACCGCUUCCGUCCUCCUCAGACGGUCAACUCGUGGAACACCACGCUCGAUGCGAAAUCGUACGGCAACAACAUUUGGAGUCCCGCCAAGUCCACUGGUGCCAAGCUUCCCGUAGUGAUGUGGAGUUACCCAGCUGAAUCCACGGCUGCUGGUGCUUUAUUUGACGGUGGUGGCAUGGCCGAUAAGGGUAUUUUUGCCGCGGUAAAGUGGAUUCAUGAGAACAUCGCUGACUUUGGUGGAAACCCUGAGCACAUCACUGUCAUGGGCCAGUCUGUUGGAUCUGCCGCAACCUACCACAUCCUCAACAGCCCCCUAAUUAAGGGCCUUAUCAAGGGUGCUAUAAUUGAGAGUGGUGUCCGUGACCCCCAUGACCCUCUGUGCACUUCCCUUCCCGAGGGAUACAAGACCCAGUCAUAUGUUAUGGCACAGGGUCUGAACUACACUGCUGAUAUGAAUGUCAGCACUAUCGCUGAGCUGCGCAAGUUGCCUAUGUCUGAUCUGGAGGACAACGUUCUGGACGGCUGGAGCUUUGGUGCUACCUUGGACUACUACGCUAUGCCCGCUAAAUACGCCGUGACUCUAAAGGAGGGUGCUGCCAACAACAUACCGGUCCUCACAGGUAACACCAAGGAUGAGAGUGGCGCCGAGAAAGCCACGAACAUCACUGUGGCUGAGUACCUUGCGGAUCUGGGUGACACGUACACUACUGGUAACUCACUACUGGUUGGCACCUGGAUGUGGACUCAGCUCUGGGCUACCUCCAGCACCAAGGAUGUUUUUACCUACUUCUGGGACCACGCGCCGCCUGGCCAGGACCAGGGUGCCUAUCACGAGUCGGAGAUCAACUACGUUCUCAACAAUCUCUACGGCACCGACAAGCCCUGGACUGCGAAAGAUUAUGAGAUCGCCGCGAAGAUGAAUGGAUACUGGUCCAACUUCAUCAAGACAGGCAACCCCAAUGGCAAGGGCCUGGCCCACUGGUCUGUCACUGCUGACGAUGAGCUUGUGCACCACGUUGGUAACGGCUGGGGUCCUAUCCCCGUGGCCUCGAAGGCUAAGGUCCAGCUGUUCAAGGAGUGGUUCGCUACUGUCCGGACCUACUAG